AUAAAAAGCAAGUGCGCGGCCUUGGAGUAGAAAUUGAUUUGUUUACCUGCCCCGAAAAUGCGCAAUUCGUAGGGCUUACGAAUAAAGAAAAUUUGUAUAACUCACAAACAACAAAGACCAAACCAUUUUGGAGUACCCGGACCUGCGGCAACCUUGAGUGUUCGGAAUGGAUGAUAAUCUAAGCACAAAGUCCUCGGAAUCCUCGAUAACAACUAGCGGGGAAUACGAAAUAGUCACGGAUAGCAAUAUGGCCAGUCCCAUGGAUCAGGUGAAGCAGGUUGUCAACCAUGACAGGAUUAAACCGGACGAGGAAAGCAAACCACCCACUUCACUGAGUGCUCUGGCCUUGUCCUCCCCCGAAGCUGGAGGAGAUCGUUCGCCCACACUGGAUAUGGCCCACAACCGCAACCUCACCGAUAUGCAGCACGAAAUGACGGACGCCCUAAGAGAUCUGGAGCUAGAACGCGGCGUAGCUGCUUCUGGGGACAAGACAACGCAACGUCUCCCGAGUCAGCAGCAAAAGUCCCUGACCUUGCCGCUUACGGGCUCCGGCGGGAGAUCUGUCGAUCCCGAGAUGCGUUUUCCCUGCACUCUGUUUUCGCCCAAGAGCGAGGAAACCCUGGACGAUGCGUCUAGCUCAAACAGAGUGGGUCAUUCGGUGUUCUACGAUUGUAUUGACGCCAGUCCUGCCUGCGUGGAGGAGAAGCAGGAUGCCAUGAAACCGGAGAAGGGCGACACCACUGACGAGGAGGUUUCAGAGAUCGAUCAAGGCUGCACCAUAUUCUCUGGAGUCACUUAUCUGGGGGCUGCCAAUAUUAAUGCGCCCAAAUCCGAGACGGAGGUGUAUCGCAUCAUGGGCGAAUUAAACAGUGGCUCCAAAUCGGUGGGCCUGAAGAUCACAGUGAGCAUUCCCAACUGCUCGGAUGGUCUGGUGGUCCUCCAUGAUGCCGAGAGCAAUACUAUUAUUGCCACAUAUGAGAUAUCCAGCAUAAUCCUUUACUAUCGUGGGCCUGUGGACACGGUGGAAAACGGUUGCUUCGCAUUCACUUGGUUGCAUGGCGAUGCGUUGUUCCAGUGCCAUGUAUUUCGGUGCCAUAUUCCCGAGGCGGUCAAUCAAGUCAGCGCCUGCUUCCAGAAAGCAUUCCAGACGUAUCCGCCCAGCAUGAGUUGCAGUCUCAACUCGGCCGUGGACAUGGCAAAUUCGGUUACCUCCGAUGUUAGCGGAAAUCCUUUAAAUACGGCUGGGUAUGAGUUUAUAGUUUCUUUGGAAAUACGCGAAAGGGUCGCAAAAAACUCGUAUGCUGCAGUUCCGCGAGAUAGGGGAUGCUUUAAACUACGGGCGAACACUGAUAAAGAGGUUUGCAUCACAGUCAAACAGACUCCGUCGAAUAUUCUUCAACCAUUGCAUAUCGAACGAUGUUUUGGAGUCCUUGUGGCUCCUGGAAAACUGGUGGUACAAAAGGAUAUGCAUUUGAUUGACAUGCACAGCAUGGGCUACGUACCUCCAGGUGGAACAGGAGUAGCUACUGAAGACAGUAAUUCCCAGCAAAACUCAGCAUGGCCCUAUGCCAUUCGAGCUGAAUGGAAGGCCCAGGAGAAGGCCUUUGAACAGUUGAACCUUGAAUCGUCCAAGACAAAUCUUACAGUGGCCGUGGACAUUGUGAUGCGACGCAUCCAGGAACCAGUUAGGUUCGUCAUCGAGACCCCUGUGACUAUUCAAUCGGCCAGUGAAAUGAGGAUUAUGGAUCACUUUAUGUCAAAACGGCCGAUGACGCUGCGUUUUUAUUUACAUCUCAAGCGCACCGACGAGUCCAACUGGAAAGUGAACAGUAUUGAUCCUUCGGAGGAGAUCACGGAGCAGACGGGACACCAGCAGAGCUCCUCGCUGCUCAAGAUGGGCAUGAAUAAUUUAUCGCGCAUCGUGCGCAGUUCGUCCAUUGCCUCAAUUGAGGAUGAUUGCCCAUCGGAUUAUAGCAGCGAUGGCGAUGAACCGCUACUUAGUGGUACUGGUGAGGUGUCCAAGGAUUGCUCGCAGGACACACUAGACGAGUGGGAUCCGAUUUUGAGGGAAUGGGACGGGGAAAAGAGACCCAAAAACCUAGCACCCUUGGUUCGCCUUGGUGUUCCAGAAGCACUGCGUGAGAAGAUCUGGCAAAAACUAGCCAACGUCGAGAGCAGGCUGGAGAUGAACGACAAGUACAAGAUCUUGAUCACCAAAGAAACCAAAUGUGAGACCGUUAUCCAGCGGGAUAUCCAUCGCACUUUCCCGGCGCACAAAUGCUUCAAAGAGACUGGCGGCUCUGGUCAGGACGCUCUUUUCAAGGUGUCCAAAGCGUAUGCGGUACAUGACAGCGAGGUCGGAUAUUGCCAGGGUCUGAGUUUUAUUGCAGCCAGUCUGCUGCUCCAUAUGCCAGAGGAGGAUGCGUUCUGUGUUCUAGUGGCCCUGAUGUACGAUUACGGGCUCCGUGAUCUCUACAAGGCGGGAUUCGAGGUCCUUUAUCUGCGACUCUACCAGCUUGAGCGUUUGAUCAAGGAUCAACUGCCCAAGCUGCAUGAACAUUUCACGGCGUGCGGUAUUGAGACGCACAUGUACGCCUCCCAGUGGUUCCUAACCUUAUAUACAGCCCGUUUUCCGUUGUGCUUCGUGUUUCACGUGUUGGAUGUUUUCUUGCUGGACGGACUGCCUGUGCUAUUCCAGGUGGCCGUGACUCUGCUGUCGAUCUGCGAAUCCGAUUUGCGACAGCUUGAUUUUGAGGGCAUUCUAAAGUAUUUCCGGGUUACUUUGCCGAAAAAGUGCCGCAGCUCCAGCCAGGCACGCAAGGUAAUGAAACAAGCUUGCGAGCGAAAGAUUAAAAAGCUGAAGCAGUACGAGGAGGAAUUCCUGCUUAAGAAACAGCACAAGGAGCGCCUGGAGAAGGAAGCGCAGAUCUAUGAAAACCGCUUUGGCGAGGAAAGGCGUAAGAUGCAGACGGAAAUUGAUGCGUUAAAUAAACAGUUGACGUCAGCCAAGGAGCGUGCUGUGGAGAAGGAAAAGAAGCACACAGGCAUUAUACAGGAAUAUAAACAAAUCAUCCAGCGCCAGGAGCAGGAUAUGAACACGCUCAGUGAGACUUUGAGCAAAGUGAUGCACAUGGUUUCUAACUGCCAGGAUUGCCAACAGCAGAUCGACGCCGGCAAUGACAAUGCCAAGUCAGAUGGCGGCAAAACCAGGCGGCAAACAGAUGCCAUGCGGAAUGCUAAUGAGCCACCGCUGGGUCCACUUGAUCCCCUAAACGCUGCUUCGCAACGCAUCCGCGAGCUAGAGUUGGAGUUGGCUCAGGCCAAACUUGCUCAAGUAGAGGCGGAGUGCAAGAAUCAGGACCUUAACCAUCAGCUCAGUAAUACGCUCAGUGAAUUGCAGACCAAUCGCAACAGCUGGCAGCCCUGGCUAUCAAAGACCUUUAAUUCGCUGCAGGAGAAGGUUACUACCCGUGGCGGCCAUCGGGAUAAUGGCAGUGGCGGACCGACGCCCACAUUCCAAUCCUACAUGGGCCAGGCGCCCACGACCCUCAGCGAGGCCAGCUCCCCCAGCGGCAAUCAGGAGUACAAGACCUUUGCAUUUGCCUCUGUGGGAGGGUCACCAAAGUUGCCCAGCAAAUUCCAGGCCACCAAACUGCGCAACAGCAUCGACAGUCUGCGAAAUAUAGUGGUGCCCCUGGAGACCGGAAAAUCUCUCGCUGAGAAUCUUAAACAACAGUUGCAGCAGUAGGAUCAGCAUUGCGGAAAAUAAUACAGAUACAGCGUAGGUGGAUCUGGAUAGCAGACAGGCCUACGGCAUUGACUACGCCUUGGUAUUAUUUAUCAUAUUCGUCUAUAUAGUACAUAUAUACAUAUACAAAUGUGCAUUUUGAUUUCCAUAUAUACGCGAGUAAUAGAUUUUUAUUAUUUUGCACCUUUGAGGCACCCGAAAGCCAGUGCUCGUCAAGAUGUGCUCUUGAUCAAUAAGUGGGUUGAAGUGGAUCUUGGCGAUGUCGUGUGGUGAAGAUUUGUUGUUGUUUUAUGAUCUGAUCUGGGGCACAGAUUGACUUGCACUGACGAAUGCUACACGU